CCUGUGGUCCUUACUUCUACCUUCCUCACCUGUCGCCCCAUCUCCUGGUUUCCCAGGUCGGAGGAGGUGCCCGAGGGAAGUAGAGGAGGAGAGGACGAUGCUUUCCAUUCUCACCAGGCCCUGGGGCGAGGAUCAGGACUUUAUGAACUUCCGGCGAGUACUAUGUCCAGACCUGCUCUGUGACGUGUGUGACAGGGCAAUGUUUGAGGUUAUGAAGGUGCUAUUCCGGCAGCGUCUGGACGAUGAUGAUGCCUCCUCUACAGCAUGUUCAGAUACUCCAGAUUCUCAAACAGAGUCAUCAGGCACUUGGUCCGCAGCCCGCUCAGCGAGCCCUCCAGGAAUCCCCCCAACAGCCCAUCUGCUGGAGCCUCCUCCACCUCCUACCUCCAUUCUUUCAACUGACCUGAAGACCUCCCAGACCUACCCUCCGUUCCCCAAACGGCCUUUUGCCUUUCGCUUCUCCCACCGCCUCGGAACACCCCCCACUCCAAGGCCAUUUAUUCCUUCACCAAAAGGGCUCCCUUGUGUAAACUAAC